AUCUGACUUUUCGUCCAAAAUGGCGACCUUGGCAAGAAUAUUGAGAACGUGCAAAGUUUUACCGCCUGGUGUAUUACGCCGAAGCAUUUCAGCCACUUCAGUUUUGCAGAACUGGAAUAAGGACUGGAAACCAGGUCCAUAUCCGACCACAUCAGAGGAGCGGGCUGCGGCAGCUAAGAAGUAUGGUAUGAGAGUAGAGGACUACGAUGUGUAUCCGGACGAUGGCAUGGGCUACGGAGACUAUCCCAAGUUGCCGUAUGUGUCAGGUGAUGUCCGAGAUCCGUAUGAAGACUGGGACAUUCCCGAGUUAAAGAGGAACUUUGGAGAACCGCUGCAUGUGGACUAUGAUGCAAUUGGAGAAGAUCGUUGGAAUGCAAGUGCAAACCCAAGAGUCCCUUACUGGAGAAUGAUCUUGACCACAUUUAGUGUGCUUGGCGGAAUUGCUUUGGUUUUUUACAUAACACUACCAUAUCCUCACUUUUUACCUGCGAUGCAGAAGCAAUAUCCAUUUAACAACCUGUAUUUGGAGAAUGGUGGGGACCCUGACAAGGAACCCACGAUAAAGCAUUACACAUUUGAGCCAGCACAGUGAAUCUAUAUCGGAAAAAUCUUUUUGACUUGCUGACAGUGUAUUUAAGUGUGGAAAUUGGACAUGAGAAAUAAUACACCAUUUUGGUGUGAUUUUUGUUUCCAAAACAAGUAGAUAAAUUAAACUUGACCCGGUCAAAUAAAAAAACCCAUAAUACAGUGUCACUAAGUGGAGUAAUUAUUGUACUAGCUUUUUGGCAUAUUUAUAAUUAUUUCUGUCAAAUUCAUCAGUCCACUUUUGGGAAGUUGCAGCUAAAAUCAUGGUUAUUUAUUUGGUACAGCACUAAUGAUUACUGAUGCAACAUGGGUAGUUUAUUCUUGUGACUGGGCUUAGAUGGGACUGUACGACGUGAUUAGAACUGUAUUGCAGAAAGGAUGGUUUGUGGUGUUGACCAGUGCACAGUCAUGGCAUGUUUCAAAUUGUGCUAGCUAUUUGUACAUACUUUUAGGAAAUAAAAUGUAGAGUGAAUCAUAAA